GGCCCUUCUAUUAAAAAUAAAAAAUAAAAAAUAUCCCUCCUUAUCGUUGAAAACUAAACUUGUCCGACUCCCACCGAACUAGUCGUUGGUUUGUCGACGGCAUCAAACAGUCGAACGACGGUGUUUUGAUGCGUCUUCUAACCCAAUCCCAAAAUGAAUUCAUCGUCGUCAUCAAUCACAUAGAUAAAAGUCACAGCUUUCUUUCCCUUUCCGGCUUACCUUUCCUUCUUCUGGAUCCAUCAAACCCAUCGAAUUAUGAAUUUUUUGAAGUACGAAAGCAUAAGAUCCGAAGGGGAAAAAUAAAUCUGCAAAUAAGAGAAAUUCGUUUUAUUCUUUAUUUUUUUAUAUAAAGCUUUUGGCUUGGAUUUGAUUUGAUUUGAUUGAUUGGGUGAAGCAAAGCAAAAAGAUGUUGGAGAAGAUCGGGUUGAAGGCAAAGCCAUCAUUGGGAGGGAAUACUUGGGUGGUUGACGCCUCACACAGUCAGGGAUGUACUUCUCAGUUCACCUUCGUCAAUCGCCAGCAUCAUUGCCGGAGGUGUGGGGGCUUGUUUUGCAACAGCUGCACCCAGCAAAGAAUGUUUUUUACACGGGCAAGGCAGUUUGAAGUUGAAUCAAAGCCUGAGGAUGAAGUUCUGAACCAAAGUGAGAGAAGUGAGAAUUCUUGAAGCAUUGAACUUGACCGUCAGAUCAGAGUAAUAGACAUGUUACUGAUCAAACACCUUUUGAUUGAUAUAGCGGAAGCAUGAGGUUAACAUAUCAAAAUUUUAUACGCCCAUGAGAGGAGCUUCGGAAAUGGAAAUCCUGUACAGAUUUGCUUUCCUUUCAGAUGAAUUGUUGUUUACCCAAGGCCACGACACUCAUAAAGUUGCGAUUUCAGCUGCAAACUAUCGAACUGACUGCAGGCUUGUUUGCUUGUAUUUGUUCUUCUUUUUGGUCCCCCCUUUAUGCUAUUGUUCUUUUGUAUCUUUCUAGUUUUUCACCAUACUAGAGCAGGCAAGAGACACACUUGUAUGCGAAAUAUGAUAGCUUAAUGAAAAUGUCUUACUUUCGUC